CAUGCCUACCUGAGUUUCGGGAAGGAAAGGAGGAAUACUGUGGCUUGUUGGCCGCUGUCACUUCGGUCACAGUGUUGCAACGCUACAAACACUUAGGAUUCAGCUCUUCGGGUUUAGAUUAAGCGUAAACAUUGGGAACGGCUAAAUUCCAACUAAAUAACCUACACAUUUUCAUGUUGGAGUGUACUUAGGACUAGUUACCGGAUUGAAAUAGAGUGCUUCCUGGUCUGCGACGACUUCAGAUCCAGCUUCACACCUGUUGUGAUGUGGUUUUCCUGAGCGCAGGUGGACAUGUCCGGUCAGCCACGGCGUGUGCGGCUGAAGCCCUGGCUUGUGGCCCAGGUGGACAGUGGCAACUACCCUGGUCUGGUGUGGCUGGACCGUGAGAUCAGACGCUUCCAGAUCCCCUGGAAGCAUGCCACCCGCCACACCCCCCAACAUGAGGAGGAGAACACCAUCUUUAAGGCCUGGGCGGUCGAGACCGGAAAGUUCCAGGAAGGCGUGGAUGAGCCGGACCCCGCCAAAUGGAAGGCACAGCUGCGGUGUGCCCUUAACAAAAGCCGUGAAUUCAACCUUAUCUACGAUGGCACCAAAGAGGUGCCCAUGAACCCACUCAAGAUCUACAAUGUCUGUGACAUUCCACAGCCUCUUAGCAACCCCGGUUCCACAGGCUCUGUGCCUUGGGAGGAUGAUGCUGAUGAAGAUGAGGAGGAUGUUGCAGACACCCCAGAACCCCCUCCACCCUACCCUAAACAGAAUGGCACAAGCUCCUCCCCCCUGUGUCCUCCCGUCUGGACGCCUCCAGGGUCCGUGUCCCCCAUGCAGCCGCCCAGUUGCCCCCCUUUCAAAGAGGAGCCGGUGGAGAUGGACGUGCAGCCCUCGCCCCUGAACAUGCACCCCCCUCCCAUAGCGAUGCCCCCGCCCUCUCUGCCUGACGCCAUGAUGUUUCAGACCCCGGAGACGUGGAUCAGCUCCCUGCCCAUGACUGACCUGGAGGUGUGUUUCCGCUACCGGGGCAAAGAGGUGUGCCCAACCUUCACUGUGAGCAACCCGCUGGGCUGCCGCCUCUUCUACGGUGACCUGGGCCCCAUGGUGAACCAGGAGGAGCUGUUCGGGCCUGUGAGCCUGGAGCAGCUGCGCUUCCCCGCCAGUGAACACAUCACCAACGAGAAGCAGCGGCUCUUCACCAGUCGCCUGCUCGACGUCAUGGACCGCGGCCUCAUCCUGGAGGUCAGCGGCCACGACAUCUACGCCGUGCGCCUCUGCCAGUGCAAGGUGUACUGGUCGGGGCCGUGCGCGCCCAACCCCGCCGCGCCCAACCUCAUUGAGCGCCAGCGCAAGGUCAAGCUCUUCUGCCUGGAGUCCUUCCUCGGUGGUGUGAUUGCCCACCAGCGGGGCAUAUCUGCCAGCCCGCCAUGUUUUGACAUCAACCUGUGUUUUGGAGAGGAGUGGCCUGAUGGCAGACCAAAUGAGAGGAAGCUGAUCAUGGUGCAGAUUGUUCCAGUGGUGGCGCGCAUGAUCAGCGAGAUGUUCUCUGGGGACAGCACUCGCUCCUUUGACAGUGGCAGCGUGCGCCUGCAGAUAUCCAUCCCCGACAUCAAGGACAACAUCGUGUCGCACCUCAAGCAGCUCUACAGCCUGCUGCAGACCCACCAGCCCCCCGGGGAGGGCUGGACAAUGUCCCCUGGAAGCGGCAUGCAGCUCCCCCCCACUCUGCAGGCCCAGUAGGACCCAGUAGACCCACCUACACACACACACACACACACACACACACACACACGCACACGUGUACACACCACCCCAAUGUAAACACAGACAAAGUAGGGUGCGUUCUACUGAGUGCCUUGUGUCAUAAGAUGUCAGCACUGUGAGACUGUGGUCUGCUUUGAAAAGAGUACUUUGAUUUGUGAAAUAGGAUUCUCUACAGUGACUGUUCUCUAUUAGCAAUGCUAUGCUUCCGUUAGCUUGAACAUCUCAUGCAUAUUGGGGGCCCCAUUUGUGUAUUGUGACUAAGCUGAUUUCAGCUUUUUUUUUAAGACAGAGAAAUGUGGUUGUGGAAGUCUGCAGCAGAGCUAGUUGCCUUAUAAUCUAGUGCAGCGCUAGAAAGCAUCAAGGGUCAAAGUCCUGCAUAUUACGAGGUCACUUUUUAAACUGUAAAUCAUUUACCAUCCCUGGUGUCCAUUCGGGUGCAUUUAGCCGUGAGAUUCCAGUGACCUUUACCUUUCACACUGAAUCUUGAUCUAAUACUCGAAUGCCAGAUAUGCCGCGUAUAAACCAGUAUCUUCACUUUUAGUCAUUGGUGUUUGCCUUGCAGGCCGAACUCUGGGUGACGACAGAGAAAGUAGACUAAUAGCUUUUUAAUAUAUAUUUCUCUCUGGAGAUGUGUCACUCUGGUCCUUUUAAGUGAACUGGAGAUGUACAGAGCUUUUUCUUUAUUUCUUGUGUGCAAUUUUAUCCUUGUGCUGGUUAUGUGGAGCACAACCCUGAUGGGCAUAGCAAAGUCUCGUAAAUUAACGCUCUAAAGCUGUUUAUGGGAAUUGUAAAACUAGUUUCCAUUUUAUACUUCAAGUGACAAGUCUGAUGGUUAAUUUGUAGAAUAAUUGUUUUCAUUGAUGGGAAACUGAUGAUAAUUGUAAAAAAAAAAACUUGUGUUAAUGUAAUCUGAACAAACAGAAUGAAUAGUAAGCAUAGAUUAUUGGGAUAACUGCACUUUUUAAAUGUUUUUGCUAGUUGUGAAUCCACAGCUUUUAUUACGUAACUGUAUGUACCUGAUCACUUUUAUCAAAUAAAAACUAGCAGAGGAAAAGA